UCAGGGGAAAGAACUCCACUUCCUUAUUUUGACAAGACACUUUCGCGGGAAAUUUACAUUUCUGUGAUAUAGAAGUAUGUCAGGAAGUGAAAAGACAAAAAAGAACCACAGGGACAUGUACAAAGCUAAAACACCACCAUGGAAAGAAACUUAUAGAAAGAGAUGUUUGGACAGAUUGAGACAAAGCAGGUCGAAGUUUCAAGACCGAUUCCGUGGUAUAAACAGUAAAGAAAUGGAGAAGGAUGCUAAUGAUAACUUUAUACAUGAGUUAAUGAGAGAGGAACUGAAGAUAAUACAAAGGUCAUUUCAGGGGUCACCUACAUUUGAUGAUAAUGAGAUGGAAACAGACAAAUUAGACUUUGAUAUUGAUGAAUAUGUAACAUAUUUUGAUGACAUUCAACAAGAGCUGAUUCAAGAAGAGAAAAGAAUGAUUGACGAAUAUGAAAAUAGUUUACAACAAGAAGAGAAAUCAUUAUGUACAGCCAUAGAGAGACUAUGUACAGAUGAAGUUAUAUGUCCUCUUUGUCAAAAAAGUCAGUUGUUACAGAACAAAGGUGUAAUAUUUUGCCGAUGUGGGUUGAGAAUAGAUACAGAGCAAGACUGCAUAACCUUAGCUAAUGUUAAAUCUUCCUUAGAAGAAGGUAUAAACCAGCAUAGUACUACCUGUGAAGGAGAGUCUGUGUUUUCUUCUGUUCAGGAUUAUGGCAGUAACAACUUACUCAUGUCCUGUAAGACCUGUGAUUGGAUGUACAUUGUGAUUUAGACCAGAAGUAACUGGAUUGAAGACGUGAUCAAAUACCAAAAGGAUAUUAUUGGAGGCACUGGCUUCUUACAAUGUUUUCUCUGUUUAGAAACAAGAAGCAAAAAGCAAGAUAACUCAACUGGUUCUUGUUCUAGAAAGCUCCUGUGUGUACUGAAAAAAUGUGAAACAUUGAGAAUAUGGGAAAAUAUAUAAAAUGCUAAACUUGAUAAUGAAAUAUUCUAUGUUUGUGUGCAGGUACAUGAAUGUGAUUGUAAAUAAAUUGUUAUGUUAAAGUA